AUGUCUCAGAAACGCCUGCUCACAUCAGAGAAGUCGAAGCUCGGUAAUGUCGACCUCACAAACACCCAGACCCUGCUCAAGAAACCAGGCCUCUGGGAUGCUCUUCCGCUCGAAAAGCGCCAAGAGCUCUACGCUAUGCUUCCUACGCCAGCAGAUGGUCAGACUCCACAUGAUCCAGCUAUGAAUCCGCUUAGAUCAGAGCAUCAUUUUUAUAUCGAGGAGGCACUGCGCAAAUGGCAAGACGAUCUGAAGGAUGGCAAGGAGGAGAAGAAGUGGAGGCAGGAUGCUAUGAAAGCCAGUGUCGAUCGAAAGGAGGGCAAGUUCAAUGAGUGGAGGGCUGCGGAGAGGGAGAGGCAUUGGGGUGUCAAGGACGAGGGUGAAGGUGAGAGGGACGAUGAGGAGGAAGGGAGUCAGCAGUAA